GCGCAGGCGCAGCGCGGGCGCCGCUGGGAUGUUGUGGAGCGGAUGUGCGGGAACGGUGAGGAGCGGCGGGGUGGGCGCGGAGGGGUGAGCGCGGUGGCGGCGGCGGGAUGAGCGCCGUGCCGGGGCUGCAGGCGGACUGCGAGGAGCUGCUCGGCGCCUUCCAGCAGGCCGACACCGUCCGCUUCGAGCGCUUCGCCGAGCUGUGGCGGGAGCGCCGCUUCCACACCGUGUUCUAUGGCAGAAUGAGAGCCUUGGAGAGAAACAAGCUCACAAAGAAGACUUUAGAACUGGCCCAGCAGUACUUCUUGCCCCCAUAUGCCUUCCAGAUCCGAGUUGGUGCUCUGUACCUUUUGUAUGGGUUCUAUAAUACCCAGCUUUGUCAGCCAAAACAAAAGAUCAGAAUUGCCCUCAAGGACUGGCCUGAAAUCCAGAAGUUUCAGCAGGAUCUGAUAGACUCCCAGCAUUAUGAUGCAGCAUAUAUCUUCAGGAAGCUGCGGCUCGCCAGAGCAUUCCAUUUCACAGCAAUGCCAAAGCUAUUGAACUACAGAACUAAGAAGAAGAUUGAGGAAAAUGAAUUUAAAGAAGAGUUUAAGGACCCAAGUAACAGAGUAAACAGCCUCAUCACUAAUGAUGUAUUGGAGGAACUGAUGAAUAUUCAUGACCACUAUCAGAAAAUGAAGUGCGCCAUUUCAGCUGACAAAUCCCAGCCAGACAAGGCCCUGAGCUUGAUAAAAGAUGACUUUGUAGUCACUCUUAAAGACAUAACCUUGGAACAUCAGGAAUGGCAGCAGAACAGAAUGAAAUUAUUCCUAAAUGCUAAAGAAACUGAUGAAACAGAAAAUAAAAAGAAAGAUGAGACUUUGCUGCAAUCAGAGGGUUCUGAAAGAGCAAGUGCCCUGGCCAGAAUCAAAUACAGGUCUUACUCUGCAGUUGCUGAGGCUUCCAAAUCCAGAAGACACCGUCAAGUGAGGUUAGAAUCUUCUGAAUCGGGGAAAUCUCCGAGCCGAAGUAGAAAAACCAGUAGGAGACCACAGCCAGCAAGGAGAAGAGAUUCUCCAGAAGUCAGAGGUGAAAUGGAAGUGGCAGAGGAAACUGUUACUCGACACGUUGGGAUGCCAGUAAUCGUAGAGGAGAAGUCAGAUGAAGAAGAAGUAUCUCUCCCCAAGAGGAAAAGAAGAUGUUAGAGGAUCCAGUUGGAGAAGCACUAAUGUUGAUUUUAAUGACAAAAUGUAAAUGUCAGAGGUAACACCAAGUGCUUGUUUUGGAUGCCUUUGAACAUAUAAGAAGUGUCUGGGACCAACUACAGGUGAUGCUGGAAUACUGGUAGUGACUGGGAUGCUUUAGAUGUCUCAUGGUACAGCACCUGGUGCCUUUAUUCAUCUGGUGAAUGCUUCUUGUGCAAGACAAAGUAGCUGUGUCCUGUCUGAGAUGGAAAGAGAAGGUGGGGGCUUGUCAUAUUUAGCUUGUACAUGAGAGUUGUCACUUGGGACUCGUGUUGAUGGUUUUAGCUGAGACUGUUAAAAGAACAGCUCACAAAACAUUUGCCCAUAUAAGACAUGCUUGUAAUCUACAUGCUUGUAAUCUUUUAUCUCUGAACAUAAAACUAAGGUUACUGACUGCUGAUAAUUAGUGCAAUAAAUUAUUUUUCACGGUUUACUUGCUCCGUUUUAUAGUGUGUAACUUCACUGUUGAUCAUGGUUUGAUCCCACACAAGUGGAAAUGAACUUGGUGAUAAGCCUUUUGUUGUACCCUGUCUCCAGCAGAUCAUCUGGAAUUGUUCUCUGUUUGAAUGAAGAGAUGUAAAGUGAGUUUAUUGAUUCUGCAGAUGACCCGAAGAUGUACAAGGGCAGGACUGGAAUUCAAAAUGAUCUUUAUGAAUUGGAGGGGAGUGGGAGAAGUGGGUGUGGAAAUAAACAUGGAGCUCAGUACUGAGAACAGGCACACGAUGGGGAAAUGAUUGCUGGGCAACAGUAUGGCAGAAAAAACAAACAAACAGAAUAAUCAGCUAGAGUAUUUUCUGUAAACAAUAAAAAGCAAUAAAAUUUGUGUCACUCAGCCCUGAAAGGCUACAGCCUUAAAUACCCCCAUCUGACCACAACAAUUCAAGAAGAAUGUGGAAUUUUUUCACCUCUGCUAUCAAGAAAGGCCAGAGGAGUUGAGGUGUCUUUUUCUACAAGAAAAAACAUAAAAUAGAAAUUUGAAAAAAUUUGAAUAUAAAAGGAACCUAAGCUGAAUGAAUUAGUUUGCUAGUGUGACUCUCAAAGGCCAAAGGAAUUGAAGUGCUGUUGCCUAGAAGAAAAAACAUUUAAAUGGAAUAUAAAUGGUUUUACCAUAAAAGGGGUCCAUAUUAAAUGCACUGGUUGGCAAGAAGGAAUGGACCUAAAUGACAAACAGGUUGAACACUGAAAAAGCUGUUAAGUAGCAGUGUUGCACUUGACCUUGUUAAUGAGAAAAGAGGAAACACUUUGUAAUAAAGCCAAACCUUACUGUAUUGUAAACUGAACAAUUGAAUAUUCUGUUGAAUAACCAAAAUAUUUCCAGACUAGUCCCAAAGUCAUUAUUAGUCCAGAUCUAAUUAUUACAGGAAAAGAAUACUUCUACACAGAGAAAAAAAAUCCAUAUAAUGAUAAUAAUACAGUGAAAUUUAUCUUACAUGCACUUACAUUCUACCCUUUUUUUCUGGUGUACUGUUCACUCUUCCACUGCUCUUCUGGUCUUAAGGUGGUUAGGCUUAGUCUGUGGAUAGAGCAUGCCAUAGAUGUCAUCUGCUUAAAAGGACCCCUCUGUAGUUAUAAAAGGUUUUGGAGGUAUCAUUUCUGGAAAGUUUGAACAGUUUGGUUUUUACUUGGGUUUUCUAACUUGUGCUUUUCUCUUACCAGCACAAACCCACGGUCUCUAUGCAUUUCUGCUCCUAAUUUUUGGUGGGCAGGUUCAAGAGACAUGAGGAGGUUCUCGAGAGAAACUUGAACUUUUUUUGGUCAGUUAGGAUCCUGUUGGUAAUACUGCAUUUGUCAGGUGUGUCAGUUCCAGCUGGUGCUUUGGGGGCAGGUGUGUGGACUGAUGGACAGCAGUGUAAGUGUAAUGAAGAAGGAGAGUUCUUUCUGGCAGAUAUUGUGACUACCACUUCAAAUUCCUAAUUUCUUAAGAGCUUCUUCACUUAGGAAGUUGCUUCAGGAUGAAUUUUAGAGCACCAAUCCUCUUCUGCUGUUUCUAGGCACAGAGGUUAAGUUAGGUCUUCCAGCUAUAUGGCAUUGGGUUCAUCCCUUGAAUGGAAACUUGAAAGUGAUUUCUCUUUUCUAUUUCCCUCCAACUUGCAGCUAUCUUUCUCAAUAAGCCUAAAAAUUAAACACAGCUACAAAAACUUACUUCUCACUUUCUUGACGGGCUCUUUUCAGCUGAAUUAUUAUUUUUCCGCGUGUUAGGCGUAAGUUUAUUUUAACAUGUUGAAGGAGUGUUUUUAAUACUGUUCCCUGCAGUGGCACUUUUUCAUAACCAUCUUAUUUGCCUCUCCUUAUAUCUUUGAACCGUCCCAAGAGCUGAGCAAGGGGGUGGAAUUUGUCAGGAUUUUUAAUAUUCCGUGACAUGAAUCUUCCCCGCACACACCUCUGAAAAUGAUUUGCAGGUCUGCAUUGGAAGCAUGCAAAGGCUUGACUAGGCACAAAGAUGGGUGCAUUCAACUAGCAGUUAUUUUAAUAUUGUAAUAAUGAAAACAAACGUUCUGUAAUUUGUUUAUAAAAUUGCACAGAUGUAAAAUGGAAGUUGUCAUUAAGAAUAAACUUAGAACUGCUGACUA